CGACAGCAUCCAAGUUUUCGCUCUACAAGUUUCGCUUUGCUGAACAUUUUACUCGAGGAUUUAACCGAGAACCACCAUGGCUGUAGAAGGAGGAGCGAAAUGUGUCAAAUACCUGCUCUUUUUCUUUAAUUUCAUCUUCUGGCUGUGUGGCCUGGCCCUCAUAGUUCUGGGGAUACUGGUUCACGUUUCUUUGCACAACACGGCGAUCCUCCAAGGAGCCUCUGGUUCUCCUAUGGUGCUGAUAGUGGUGGGCGUCAUCAUCUUCUUCAUCUCUUUCUUCGGCUGCUGUGGUGCCUGGAAGGAAAAUCAGUGCAUGGUCGUUACGUUUGCAAUCAUUCUCUCCCUCAUCGUCAUUACUGAAAUUGGAGCCGGCAUUGCUGGAUAUAUCUUCCGUGGAAAAGUGAAUGAACUGCUUGAUCAGAGCUUUAACACCAUGAUUGCAGGAUACAACAAGACAGAGGAAUACCGCACAACCCUCGAUUCUAUACAGAAGCAGCUCAAGUGCUGUGGAGGAAACUCCUCUAGUGAUUGGGUGAACUUCAGUGCUGAUCACAUUUCGGUCCCAGAUUCCUGCUGUAAAAACGUCACUAAGAACUGUGGUAUUGGAGCUAUGACGAAACCCACCGUAAUCUACUUAGAGGGUUGUCAACCUAUUUUGGAGACACGCAUAAAGGAAAAUAUUUUGUGGAUUGCUGUGGGAGCUCUGGUCAUUGGAUUUGUGCAGAUUACAGGCAUUGUGUUGGCCUGCAUUUUGUCACGAGCCAUCCGCAGCGGCUAUGAGGUCAUGUGAUCACAUCCAAUCACUGCGCUUCGUUCAGAUCGCAUCAGUUAAAGCUCCUAGAGACUGUUCAGGUGUUUUUAAACCUAUUAUAUAAAUGCCAGUUAUUUCCCCCCUUGCUGUAUAAGUUGACUAUACUUAUUUUCACUCAGAAUUAAAUACUACCACAUCUUAACUUUCUGCGACUAAUCCGGUAGAUUAGUCUACUGUUAAGUCACUGAUUUACUCGGCUUUGGUAUUGUUGCUUUUGGCAUUGUUUUAAACUGGAUAUUUACCACCAUGUUGACAUUCCUUUGGGUUACAGGACUACAAAUCAAAUACUGAUAUGCCAAAUUUUAUACGUGUAUAGAGCAUUAAUGUUUAAAAGGAAAAAUAAAAUGUUCUAAUCUA